AUGCGCGAUAACUCCUCGCCAGAACUUUCGUCACCACCUUCCGGCUCUAUCUCCGAACCCGGCUCACCGUUGCGGAGUCGACCUAACAAUAUGGAUAUGGAUGAGAUUAUCGUCGACCCUUCGCAGCCGCGUUUUGGCGUUGUGUCAGGGAACGAACAGCCACAGCCUGAAGUCCGCUUGACUGCUGCUGGUCUGCCACGAAAGAAGCCUGGUCGUAAACCUGGCUCUACGGUGAAGCCUAAGAACCCUGACGAGCCGCCAAAGGUGCGCCGGCCUAGGAAACCUCGCGAUCCCAACGCGCCACCCAUUCAGAGAAAGAGAAAAUCGGCGCCUGCCCAAGAUGCUGAUGCCGGCUCGGACUCUAAAUCCCUCGCUGCAGCAGCUUCGUCUACAACGCCCCCUUCUCGACAGACCAAGAUUACAGAUCUCGUUGGCGUCACAUCCGAGUCUCGACCAGGCUCUGCCCAGCCCGAACACACUGCACAAAAAGCGCCUAAGCGUGAAGAUAUCCCGCGUUCCAUGCAGAGCAUAUUGAAUGCCGACCCCGAACCCGAAUCAAAAACUCCAAGCGCGUCUCUACCGACGCGUACCAGCGGCCAAAGUUACGACCCCAUUCGCGGUAACUACGAUCCUAUCAGGGAAAUAUUCGGUAGCGCCUCGUCUCCACGACCCCCCACCCAAACCGUCAAUCGGCCGAGCGCGUCUCCUUCGAUUGCUAGCCUCGUCGAUCCUCCGGCCCAGAACGCGACGUCACCUUCCAACCAAACCUUCCGCACCUCUACGCAGUCACGCACACAAGGCCAAGAGUCUGGGUCGGUCCCAGCUUCACCGUCCUAUCCCGUCAGGUCAAUGCCUCAGACAAUAUCCAAACCGCCCGCACCCGAGGCGAAAAAGUCACUUGCCCCGCCCCCCUUACCUGCCUCCAAGACAGAUAAGCCAAAGGACGCCGCAUCAACCGCUGGAUCUGUGACCAGCAAGAAGCCUUCGCCGAAGCAAAAGCCGCAAAAGUCUGGUGUCUCAUCACCAAAGGUCAGCGCUCUGGACGAACCCACCGAUGGAGGCUCCGCCGACCGAUCGAUCCUUGACUUUGGCAAGGCUGUUGGGAAGGAAUAUAAAGCACCUGACAUUGUUUUGGACAUCCCUAUCAAGCCGGGCGAGACCAAUAUAUAUGUUAACGUCAUGCGCAUGGCCGAGGAGAAGUACGGCUGGGAUGCUCUUCACCCUCGUUUAGCUGAGAAGCGCGACCGCAAAGCGAGAAUCGCUGCUGCCUCGGCUGCUUUGGAGAAAACGGCGUCAGGUCAGGAAUCUGGCGACGAAAUGUCUGAGGACUCCGACAAAGAAGCAAGCAAUGUCGAAAUGGGCGGAAUGACGAGUGGUGCUGAGCCAGAGAAGCCAAAGAAGAAGAAGCGCAAUUUCAAGGAGGACGAGUACGACAAGGACGACGACUUCGUCGAUGACUCCGAGCUCCUAUGGGAGCAACAGGCGGCGGCCAGCCGUGACGGCUUCUUCGUGUACUCUGGGCCCUUAGUGCCGGAGGUUGAGAAACCAGCUGAUACAAGACCCGACGGACUGCCCAAGCGUGGCCGCGGCAGCAGAGGCGGUCGUAUUGGGGGUCGCGGAGGCACUACUCGUGGCGAGGGAGGCACUGGACGCGGUGGCGGACCGGGUUCCAGAGGCGGACGUGGAUCCCGAGGCGGUUCUCUCACUCGCAAGCCUCGUAUCACAAAAUCGGAGAAGGAGCAGCUUGAACGUGAGAAGGCCGAACGGCAGCGACAAGCGGAGCUCGGCGCCAAGGCCACCAACGGCUACUCGCUCCAACCCCAAACACCUUCCUUUGCCGCAGGAAUGGCUGGAGCAUAG